AUGCCCUUACCGCCUUUAAUCGCUAUCACGUCCAAAGGACGAAGGGUUUAUUCUUGCGAUUUAGUAAUUAAUAAGCAAAGAUUAUUGCGACUAAUUAUCGACCCUCAUUAUGAGAAAGACCCGCCAAAACGACCGAGUGCUUACCAGUAUUUCACCAUUGAAGACAUUCAGCAUAACGAUAAAAGCUAUUGCUUAAAAGAAAAUUAUGCUUUCCCCAGCGAAGCGGAAUUAAAGGAGAUAAGGGAAAAAGUAAGUCAUCCAAACUAUCCUUAUAAAAACAAAAUCUUGUCGCCUAAUGCUUCGGGUGAGGAGAAAUUUAAAUAUCAGAUUUGUCAAGCAAUUUUAGUUUACCAACAAGAGAACAAUUUGCCAGUGGAAGAAGUGGCAACCAAAAUAGCAAUUUCUUUAAACAAAACUUAUGACCUUUUAUUAGGAAAAAUAAAAGGUUUUCGGUUAAAAGAGUUAGCCAAUUAUUUAGAGAAACUGCAUGUUCCUUUCGAAAUAACUGUUAGAAAUGACAAAGCGAGAGAAAGCAAACAUUUAAGCGGAUAA